ACGACGGCGAGGAAAGGGAGGACGGUCGGCGGUACCGAGGGUCACAGGGAUGUACAGUAAACACAGGCAGAAAAAUGCCCAAAUAUCACCGGCAAAAUGUGGACGUUUGCUCCUUUGUCUUUCUUUUUUGCUGCUGAACGGCGCUCUGGAAACAGCCAGCGGAGACACCGGAAAAGAAGGGCUGCGGAGGGGAAGGACGGUCACGGCGAAGUGGCUUUCUCAAGGACGGAUCAAGAGGGAGGCUGAAACCUUGACGCAGGUAGACUACCCAGUCAGAGGGGAAAUAGCGCUCUCAUCCAGCGACCUCCAAAUGGUGCUACAAGUUGAACGUAAUCACGAGCUUUUAGGUCCAGACUUCACAGAGACCUACUACACGGAAGAUGGACAGCCCGUGACUGUGACCAAUCACAAUUACACUGAUCACUGCUUCUACCACGGCCGUGUGAAAGGACAUCCAGAGUCCUGGGUAGCUCUCAGCACAUGCUCAGGGGUCAGGGGCCUGAUAUCCUUGAAUUCUAGUGACACCUACUACCUGGAGCCAAUCAGCGGCGUGGAUCCUCUUCACCACUCACUGCUGAACGCUGAGGAACUGCCAAUUAAAGGUGGAAACUGCGCCCACGGCCACCACACCACACAGUCCAACCACAUCUCUGACCUGCUCAGACCGUUUCACUUCAGGGUUAAAAGGAACACGUGGGGUACAACCAAGUACAUGGAGCUGUACAUCGUGGCUGACAACACACUGUUUAAACGGCAGAAUAAGGACUAUGAAAAGACCAAGGCGAGGAUAAUGGAAAUUGCCAAUUACGUGGAUAAGUUCUACAGGGCUUUGAACAUCCGCGUGCCUCUGAUUGGCCUGGAGGUUUGGACCGACAGGGACCAGUGCAUCGUCACAGAGGAGCCCAACGCCACCCUCUGGUCCUUCCUGCAGUGGAGACAGAAGCUGAAAUCGCGCAAGAAGCAUGACAACGCACAGCUGCUCACCGGUGUGAUUUUCAAGGGGACGACUAUCGGGAUGGCACCGCUGGAGGGGAUGUGCAGCCUGGAAAACUCUGGAGGCAUCAACGUGGACCACUCCGAGCUGUCCAUCGGCGCCGCCGCCACCAUGGCCCACGAGAUCGGCCACAACUUCGGCAUGAGCCACGACCACGAGGGCUGCUGUGUGGAGGCCACCGCCGAGCAGGGAGGCUGCGUGAUGGCUGCCGCAACUGGGCAUCCAUUCCCGCGAGUCUUCAGUCGCUGCAGUAAACGGGACCUGGACAGCUACUUCCAGAAGGGAGGGGGCAUGUGUCUCUACAACAUGCCCAACAUGAAGGACCUGGUGGGGGGCAAGAAGUGCGGUAACGGCUUCGUGGAGGAGGGUGAAGAGUGCGACUGCGGAGAACCUGACGAAUGCACCAAUGACUGCUGCAAUGCCAAUAACUGCACCUUGAAGGAGGAUGCACAGUGUGCCCAUGGAGUGUGCUGCGAGGGCUGCAAACUGAAGCAGGCAGGUACCAUGUGCCGGGGGCCAGCGGGGGCGUGCGACCUGCCGGAGUACUGCACCGGGGCCUCUCCUUACUGUCCCGCCAACGUCUACCUGCUGGACGGCUCGUCCUGUCAGUACGGGCUGGCCUACUGCUACAACGGCAUGUGCCUCACCCACGAACAGCAGUGCCUGCAGCUCUGGGGCUACGGAGCUCGACCGGCCCACGAUGCCUGCUUCCAAGACGUCAACGCAGCGGGAAACGCUUUUGGAAACUGCGGGAAAGACGAACACGGCAACUACAUGAAGUGUGAGAAAAGCGAUGCCAAGUGUGGUAAGAUCCAGUGCCACAGUGCUGCCAAGAAGCCCAAAGGCACCAAUGCCGUGUCCAUCGACACCACCAUCAAGACGGACAGCAUCGAGGUGAAGUGCCGCGGCACCUACGUCUACAGCACCCAGGAUGGGCAGGGCGACCUGCCCGACCCCGGCCUCGUCAUGACCGGCACCAAGUGUGGAGAGGGCAAGGUGUGCAGAGACCGCAGAUGCCAAAAUGCCUCUUUUACCGAGCUGGAGACCUGCAUCGCACGCUGUCACGGCCACGGGGUGUGUAACAGCAACGGGAACUGCCACUGUAAUCGAGGCUGGGCCCCACCCUUCUGUGAGAAGCCGGGACUCGGCGGCAGUGUGGACAGUGGACCUGUCCAGUACGAUAGUCAGGUUGGGCUUGUGGUGGGCCUGCUGUUUGCCUUCCUGGUGCUCCUGCCUGCAGUGCUGCUGCUCUUCUGCUGCUACAGGGUCAAGACAUCCUAUUACCAUAAGUGGCUUUCCCAGAGAGAGAAGAACAAGAACAACAAGACGGAGGCGUCGUCGGCGGAGAAAGGGAAGAACGGCCAUCUGAAUCCCGCCUUUCACCUGAAGGUGGUCGGACCGAUCAACAAAGCCGGCGGCCACAAGGGGGUGAGCGGGCUUCCUCACACCAGCAAAGAGGUGCUGCCUCUCAGACCAGGCCUAGCGUCCAACGGCACCCACCCCGUCAACAUUGUGCGACCUCUGAGACCCGCGCCGUCUCCCCAGGGCGGUCCCCGGGACGUCAGGGCGGCCCGGCCGCCCCUGCCGGCCAGCAAACCCCCGACGGGCCCGCCCAAAUCCCCCGCCACGCCACAGAGACUCAGCCCGCCCAAGAAGCCUCUGCCCCUCAACCCAACACGAUCGCCACUGUUGGUGUCUGAGCUGCAGCCCAGACCGUCCCCCUUCCCUCCUCAGAGGCCUCUGCCUCUCAGUCCGGCCAGAGGAGCCUCCCCAACGGUGAGUCCAGCCCUGACCGCGGUUUCCAAACCCUCCUCGGGCCUGCUGGUCAUGAUGCCCCCAGCGGUGGGACCCAAACCUGUGGGCAAAGUCUCAGCCAUUCCCCCUCUCAGAGCUCUCAGACCGGUCCCAGGUGCCAAACCAAACACAGCCUCGCCUCCACCGCGAAAAUGACCUUCUCCUCUCCACCCCAUCCACCCGCCCCCCUCUGCACCCUCUGAGGAGGCAGCGACUGACAGCCUAUUUGCACUAAAGAGACUUUGGCUGGUAAACCACAGAGCUGUCGCACACAGCGGAGGAGGAGGAGGGACGGACCACAAAGCGAAAAAACCAGAGACACGAAAGAACAAACAGGACUCAUACCAGUUUAGACUUCAAAAUGAAACCUUACCCCAACACCACCCCACCCUUUCAAUUUUGACCCUCCACCCUCCUCCUCCUCCCGGCGCCCUAACAUUAACCCCAAUGACGCGGUUUUGCACGGAGGCCUUGCAGACUGAGACAAGUGUCAUCGCUGGAGGACGGUCACAUUUGCCAAAUCAGUUUUGUUUUUUUUAAAGAUUGCUUUUUUUUGUUUGUUUGUUUGUUUGUUUUUUUUAAAUGUUAAAUCUAUGUAUAAAAAAAAAAUGCAUUUUGUAAUGACUGCUGUUUUGUUUACAGUUUGUUUGACGUCACGUUUUAUGAUUUGUGUUAUGUGCCAAAGAGGUUUCUUCAUGGGGUGUGUCCCAAACGCUUGAAAAUCUCCUUAUGAUAAGUUUACCACGUCAGCUCCUCCGUAUCUGUAGGUUUUUCUAAUUUAUUGUGUUGUAUGAGGAAUGUCUAUAAUACAACCUGGCAAUGCAGAGGCCUAUCAGGAGGAAGGAGAGCCAAUCACAUAGCAGCUUCUUUUCAACACUGUUUACAUGGCGGAGGACUCGAUGCUUGGGGCUUGCAGGACACACCCCAGUCGCCCAUGUUGAUUUGAAUGUCUUUUGCUGUGCGUUAUGACUUUUAAAUUGUUACAUAAAAAGAUUUUU